AUGAAUUAUCAACUCUCCCCCACUUCGUGUCGUCAAUUCGGGCAUCCGCGAUCGAAUUGGCUUCACAUCGAACAGGCGGACAAGAGCGGCUCUGAGUCGACCCGAUGGGUGACGCUGGUCAGCGAGGACGGCUAUCGAUUCCUGGUCGACAAUGCUACUGUGAUGGCAUCUCCGACGAUCAAAACCAUGCUCUCCAUGGGUGAAGGAGGAGGAUUCGCAGAGGCAGAGAGCAACACUGCGCGGCUUCAGAUCCGAGGAGAAGUGCUGGAAAAGGUGAUCGAGUACUUGCACUUCAAGACCAAGUAUGGGGCAGCGGCAGACAUGGACGUGCCCGACUUCAAAAACCGUAUCCCACCCGAGAUCGCGUUGGAGCUGUUGAUGGCUGCCGACUUCCUAGAACCGGGGACAGGCUCAAGUCCAACUCGGUCGGCUGGCAGCACCAGCGAGCGCGUCAGCACGCGCAAAAUUCGCACUGUAAGAGGCAAGGAUGCGAUACAACUCCAGAGCGACAACCUGUUCGCGCUUGGUCGAAUGCAGCGAAAGACUGCGCGUGUCAGGCUGGACCAAGCCACGCCAACUUCAGAAGCAUCGGAAUCAAGCCGUGACUCGCCAGGCAAGCGUCCGCUAACCAUGAUCGAUCCUUACCAUCUAUAUAUGGGCGGGCGCCGCUCGAGUGUUCGACAAACGUCCGACUCCAAGGCAAGCAAUACGGCGUCCAAGCAGCCGGACGCUUCUGCCUCCGCAACCACAUCCAAGGACAGCUCGGUCGAUUCCAGGUCGCAGCAGAGCUCUUAUCUUGGCGGCGACAGUCUUUCGCCCGUGAGCACCAUUUCGACCGACCAUGCCCCCAAGGCGAGCCUGGCGCCUUCUGGCUCGCCGAGUAGCGCCGCUUCUCUUCCGCACAGGCUGCCCGAAUUCGAGCACUUCCGGCAAAGCAGCCCUUUGAUGCCCGAGUUCUACCCUCGCACCUCCGAGUUCUUCAGCCAGGGUCGUCGACGAAGCAGCAUCGCCGUCAGUCCGGAAACGUCUGCUGCAUCAGCGUCGCUGGCCGCGGUCGUCAGUCCUGCUCCUGCCAUUCAGGAGGCCUCGAUCCCUCCUUCUCGUAUCGGCGGCGGCGGCAGCGUUGGUGGCGGCAGCAACAUGACAAAGAGGGCCGACUCGUUCCAUCUACCUCUCACCUUUGAGGAGCCCGAGUCGCUGCUAGGUGAACAGCUUCCCGUCCGCCUCGGUCUCGCACCGCCUUCUCACUCGCAUGGCUUGUCAGCUACCGACGUGACCUACAAGGCGCGCGUCGGUCAUGGAUACUACUUUUUCACGCCUCCGCCGGCACCGCGUCCUCCACCGACGUCCAAGUCGUCCUUGCGGCCGUCGCUGCUACGACGAAACACGGACGCUUCGGACAAGUCGGGCCUCUCGCUCAACACAAGGGUCUCGUCAACCACGCCCGUUCAUUCGAGUCCAUCGUCCAUCUCGCCCAGCACGGCUGCCACAUCGCCGCAGCGUGCGCGCGCCAACAGCUCCAUCACCAGCCUCCCUGCACCGACACUCGCGGCUCAAGCCAGCAGCUCCAAGGCCUCUGCAUCGUCAUCGCGUACUCGCUUGCCUCCGCCUUCGCCAGACUGCUGGGAUCCAGAGGCUUACUUUACCAGGACACGAUCGCGCGUCAAAGGUAGAAUGCGCGAGUUCGUCUACCACGCCUUUCCCCUCUCGACGGUGCCUUAUUGGCACGGCUACAGCAACGAGACGAUCGAAGCCGAAAUGACGACCCAUCUCAACGUCAACGCCGCACUUCACGGCAACACUCUCAGACACUUUCCCGAGGGCUCGCGUCCCGCUCGCGUGCUCGAUCUGGGCUGCGGUAGGGGCGUUUGGUGCCUCGAUAUGGCACGCGAAUGGAAGACGUCUGAAUUGAUCGGUCUCGACGUGGUUCCGAUCCAACCACCGAUGCAUCAGCUGGCCGAUGCGGACCUCGAGCGUCGCGUCAGCUGGGUUGUGGCCAACUUCCUCGACCCUCUGCCCUUUCCUGAUGCGAGCUUCGACUACGUGCACAUGCGCUUUGUACUUCAGGGUGUGCCCGAGGAUAAGUGGGUGGACAUCUUCUCUGAGGUCAGGCGCAUAUUGGCCCCGGGAGGCGUGUUUGAAUUGGUCGAGGGCAACCACAGCUUCUUUGGCCAUGCGAGCCUCAUCGAUGUGCAGGAACUCAAGGACCUCGAGCACGGUCGCACCGCGACAAAGAUAGGUGUAGGUGUCAAGAUGCCCAAACGUCUCAAAGUGCUCAAUAAUGGCUCCGAUUCGACCGACAUCGAUGCGAUCGAGGUGGUGCUGGAAAGGAUGAUGCAGAGGCGUUUCAUCAACCCGACGCCAUUGUCGGUGAUCCCAUCGUCGUUGCUGCUGCCUGGAUUCUCGAACAUCGCCACUGGAAAUCCUCGCCACAUUCCCGUGUAUGCCGAAUCGAGCGCGCAACGGGCACGCGCGCGUGCUGCAGCCGCAGCGUCCGGCAACGAAGCCGGUGCUUCCUCCGCCAACGCCACUUCCAGCGAAGAUGAGACCAACCUCCAGGACAAGUACACCAGCCGGAGUCAGAUCGGCGCACCGCUCAAAUCGGGAUUCGCCAUGACCGAUCAGGACCUCUUCAGCGCUUUCACGAUCCUGCAACAGCUCGACCACUUCUCUUCCAGUCGAGAGCUCGUCUGGGCCGAAGCCGAGGAAGAGAAACGAAGCCUUCAAGGUGUACCGCAGCCUCCACUGGCACCCAUGGACAACAGCCGACGCUUCGGUCAGGGCAAUCCUGCCGCGUUGAAGCCGUUUGCACAUCCAUGGAAGUCGAAGGAUGAGUUCUUCCGAGCAAUCGACGCAUGGAUCGAGUCGACGAAGGCGUCAGCGGACUUGGAGCACAUGCUGCGCAAGUAUCUGGGCUGGGAACAGGCGCAUGAUGAUCUGACGGUGGAAGGGCGAAAGUAUGCAGAGAGGAGGAGGAAGAUGAGCGUUUCGUCCGCGGCGUUUCCCUCACUCGGGCUGGACCAGCUUGCGAUGGAUGGGGCGCCGGACAAGGCAGAUGCCGGGAGCAGACAAGACUCGCUGGCUGCGUCGCGUGAUGCACGAAGCUCGGUGCUGAGUCCUGAGAGUGGAUCGACGUUUGCAGUUUCGACGACGCAUGCGCACGAAGCGCCAGCUCGACUCCAGACUACCCGCUUGUCCGCGCCCGACGCUCGGACAGGUAUGCAAACAGAUGCGCAAGAGGCCGAUGCCAGCGGCAAGGUGGUGGACAAUGGUAAGAAGAAGAAGAAAACUUCCAAGCGGCCCAGCAGUAGCGGAGGUGUCGGAUCAUCAGUAGGAAGCAGCGGCGGUCUUGGUGGUGGAACCUUUGGACGGGCACGAACGUUCGGGCGAGGAGGGGCAGCCGCAACGGUACCGGUGCCCCUUCCUGACGCGCCUGCUUUCAUGACAGGGUACGCAUUUGGACCGUCGGCGACCGACAGCAUGUUUCGCGGACCCGCAACCAAAGCUGCCAUCGUCGCGUCUUCUCGAGGCGGUGCAGGUGCCGUCAUGACACCGAGCGGAAGGAAAGCUUCUGUCGGAUCCAGGUCUUUUAGCGAUAAAUCUUCGAUCUCGGGCAAGACGGAACGAGAGGACGCUAAGUCUCAAAUUCUGGACAGUGGUGCGUCCAAGAUGGCCGCUUCGCGUCCUGCGCCAGUGACGGAAGAGCCAUCGCCUGCAGCAGCCUAUGCGGCUACGCAGCGUACUUCGCACGGAUUGGAGGAAGAAUAUCGCCUGCAAAGCGAUCGAGUUCCCGGAAGGAGGUCGUCGAGACCGGUAAGCCCUACAUCGGGGAUUCCGUCUUCCGGCGUGCCAGCACCUGCGCCUUUGGAAACGAAAGCCCGUUCGUUGUCUAGUGGUGCUGCGCUCGGCCGAGCGUCGAUAGGAGCACCGCAGGCGGAUUCGCGCUCGGUCAGCAUGCCGUCGACCAUCGUGGCUGGUCAAGCAGGAAGUGCUGGAGGAAGUGUGAGGAUCGCAGAGCCAGCGGUGAGACCUUCGAGGGGCAGGUCGGCGAGCAAGUCGAACGACAAGGCUGUGGCCAUGAUCGGAUUCUACGACACCACUGGAUUCAUAGCAAUAGCGUAA